AUGGAAAAUUCAAACUCUUCCUCUUCUUUAUUUGUUUUAUUGUUUUCCUCUUCUUCAAUUUCUGCUAAUCCUAAUGAAAAGAAGGGAGUAGUGAUGACAGGUGUUACAAUUGUUUUCUUAAUUCUAUCAUUUUCUAUUUUUUCUAAUGAUUUUGGUUCUGGAUCUUUUCUAUCUUUUUCAAUUUUAGUAGGGGUUGGUGUAGUAAUGACCUUUUCACCUUUUAUUUGACUUUUCUCAUUCUUUGCUUCCACUUUCUGACCAUCUGUUUUUAAAGGUUUUUGAGAUGGAACAUUUUCAUUGGUUUUUAUUUUUCCUUCAUUAUUGGGUUGCGCAACAUAUUUUUCUUGUUUUGGUUGGUCUUGUGUCAAUUUUAUUUUUUUAUUUCCGUCAUUUAAUAUUUGGCUAUUUUUAUCCACUGUUUUUGGAGGGGAGGAAGGAACAAUAACCUUUUGACCUUUAUUUAAUUCUUUUUUUACAUCUGCUAUUCUUGGUG